AUGGCUUUCGCGUACAAGCAAGUCCUUCUUGUCGGGGCGACGGCCGGAAUCGGUGCUGCGAUGGCAGACCGCCUCGUUCAGCAAGGUACCAAGGUCAUCGCUGUGGGACGUAGACAGGAGCGACUCGAUUUGUUCGUCCAAAAACACGGCAAGGGUAAUGCUGGAGCCAUCAGAUUUGACAUCCGAGAACGGGAAAACAUGGACAAGUUUGUGCAGGACGUCACAGCAGCCUAUCCAGACUUGGAUUGUAUCUUUCUAAAUGCGGGAGUUCAGAGCCCCAUCGACUUAUCCCUUCCAGAAAAGGUCGAUCUGGCAGCGUUUCACUCGGAGGUGGCAAUUAAUUUCUCAUCUCUGGUGGAUCUUAGCAUCAAGUUCCUACCAUUCUUGAUGAACAAGAGAAAGGAGACCAGUCUGAUAUUCACCGGGUCUAACCUAGCACUCGUUCCCGCUUCCACCUUACCGGCGUACUCAGUCUCGAAAGCCGCACUGAACGCCUUUUUGCUGUGUCUCCGCGACCAACUGCGGAAUUCUUCGGUCAAGGUCAUCGAAUUAUCUCCGCCUCCCGUCCAGACCGAACUUCAUGACUACCUGGGCGCUGAAAGGGGGCGAACACUAGGCAUGCCGAUUGACGAGUUUACGGAGGCGGCCUAUGAGGGGCUUGCUUCAGGAAGCGAUCAAAUUGUGAUUGGGUCGCCCGGACCAGCAGAGAUCUUCAAUGACAUCGUCGACAAGCGGAGGACGCUUUUUCAGAAUCUGGCGAAGAGGCUGAGGGGAGAAACUUGA